GGGCAAUCACUCUCCUGUCACAUUUUCAAAAUUGCCGAGACGGUUGGCGGAGUGUGGAAGUACCCAGGUCAAAACAAAAAUGCUUGUCAGAUGUAAUGGGAGGAUUUUCGUGGCUCUCUGUGUAAUCCUCUUUAUGGGAUGCAUAGUACAAGGGGCUCCUGCUCAGAGGGGUCGUUAUAUGAGAGUCAGGUGCAGACCUGAUGCGCGUUUUGCAAACUGCAUUGAAGAACAAGGGCCGAGUUUUGCCAUUCCUGACGGGAGGACUGCUAACAUGAUCCUUCCUCCCAACGCUGAUCCAUCACUAAUGAAAAACUUUCAAGACUUCCCAGAUACCUUUCUGCUUUCUGGAGAUGAUGAUGGAUCUGGAAACGAUGCAGAAGCAGAGUUUGGAUCAGGCAUUGAGUAUGAAGAGGAUGAUCUCAGUAUUCCUGAUUUCAAAGUGAACCAACCAGAUGAGAAACUGACACUUAAAUUAACAAAAGAAGGGCUAUUCUUCCAUGAAAACAGACUGUGAUCUCUGUCAUGGCAACUGUGACCUUAUUACUAAAAUGCUUUUGUGUUUUAUGUUCUCUAAGUAAAAUUAUUCACAGGCAUAAAUAUUGUAAGAAUUAUACAUGUUUUACAAUAUUUACUGCUAUUAUUUGAUAUCUUCUAUAUUGAAUCUAGGCUCUUCAUUCCUAAGCAGUAGAUUCAAUUUACAAAAGUUAAGACUUCUUUUUUUCAGAACAGUAGUUGAGAGGGAGGGGGAGGGGAGGAGAGAGAAUUAUUUGAAAGAAUCAGACAGUUGUCCAAAUGGAAGCAAGAUCAGCUAAAAAUUCAAGUAAAGACAAAUGAAAUUGAAGCAACAUUGCUAGAAUACCAACCAAGUAAUAGAAUGUAAGGCGAUUCCCCUUCCAAAACCAUAGUGUUUUUAUGCCUAACUCUCUUGUACUAUUUCAAUUCAAAUCUCAUAACGUGGCUUCAUGCUUGCAAACCUACAUACCUUGAAUCUUAUUCAGUGCUCAUUUUUACUGUAUUUUAUGCAGCUGAAAAGUCUUUUCUUUGAAACCUACAUUUCCUCAGCUUAUACUUCAAUUAAAAUCUAGGUGCAUCUCAA